AUGAAUAAUUGUUGCAUGUAUGCGUGUUUCAAAUGUUGUCUAGAACAAAUUGAAUAAUUGAAAUAAUUGUAUAAUUCACAGACACGGAAGACAAUGAAGAGAUCGAAGGAAAUUCAUUAUCCUAUAGAAAUGUGGCUCCAGGACAAGUUGAAAUUAAAUGGACAUAUCCGAAAGAUAUAUUAGACAGCGUUAUUGGUAAGACUUUAAUUAACGUCUGGAAAAAAGAGCAUUGGAAUGUUGCGAAGAAAAUCCAAUUAAUCUCUUCUCGUUUUUAGGGGGCACUGUUCUUUACACAAACCAAAAAGAAAUAUCGCCAGAUAAAUGGAAUAAAGUUGAGAUGGAAGAUUCAAAAACGGUGAAUUACAAGAACUUUUUCAAAUAAGAUUUUCAAAAAUUAAAUUUUUAUAGACUUGGGUUAAAUUGCAACAAUUGAGAGAAGGCGAUCGAUAUUAUGUUCAAAUUUUGCCAAGACUUUACACGGGAGAUUAUGAUUUCAAUGCAAUUUUAUCAUUCGAUUUCAAAGUUGAUCGAUUGAGUAUGUGAAAAAAAAAUCAUUUCAUUUUCAUAGAAUAAAAAAAACAAAAACCACAUGGAGAACAAAAAAAAACGGAUAUUUUUGCAGCUCGUGUUCCAUACUCUCCAUAUAAUCAUCUUCGUCCAAUGAGUCAAAAUGGACAUUAA